AUGACAGAUAUAAAGCAUCUCACUGACAAAGAGGUCGAGGCGUUCCUGGAUGACCUCGAUAAGAACAAGGAUGGAGUCAUCGACUACGCCGAAGUCGAGAACAAGCUGGACGAAGUUCACAGAGAGAUCGCACCGACACCAAAGCCGCAUCACCUGCACUAUGAGGGCAAAGAAGACGAGCAGCGCCAUCAAUUCCUGCGCAGCAUCAUUGGCACAGACAAGAGCCGGAUACCGAGACCCGAAUUCGCAAGGACGGUGAAAACAUGGGAUAUUCCCUCCCUGGAGCAGGAGAAGAAGCAAGAGCAGGACCAGAAAGAAUACAUGCGAUCAAUGCCCCUGCACCGCCGCUUCCGCUCCUACUGGGCAGUUCACGGGCCCGAGUGGAUGUUUCUGGCACUCGUUGUGGCUAUGCAGCUCGCCUUUGGUAUCUGGCAGCUCGUCAAGUAUCUUACCCAUCCGCUCUUCCGCCCAGCAUUCGGUUGGGGCGUUGUGGUAGCAAAGACCUCCGCAGGCGUGCUGUACCCAACCUUCUUCUUCCUCAUCCUCUCCAUGUCCAGGUGGUUCUCGACAUGGCUUAGGAGGUCGCGCCUCAUAUCCCGCUUGGUUAACUUCGACCUCUCGCAGGCUUUCCACGUCAAAAUAUCCAUCGUCGCCUUGGGGUUCGCCACGCUCCAUGCCAUCGGCCAUCUGACGGGAUCAUUUUUGUACGGCAGCAGGCCAGCACAGCAGGACGAUGUCGCGGCUGCUCUGGGACCUGAUGCCGUUCCUCGGCCGUACAGGCGCUACGUUGAAUCGCUUCCAGGAUGGACUGGCCUUGUAGCAUUUGGCCUGUUCUGGACUCUUGCAGGUCUAAGCAUGCCAUAUGUGCGGAAGAAAAGCUAUGAGCUCUUCCAGCUUGGUCAUUUGCUCAUGUUUCCGAUCAUUGGGUUGCUUUGCGCGCACGGAACGGCCGGUUUGUUUCAGUGGCCCAUGUUUGGGUACUUUCUUGCUUUCCCUACUUUGCUCGUGAUCUGUGAGCGCACAACUCGGACCGUGCUCGGCUUCUACAAGAUCCCAGCAAAGCUUGAUGUGCUUGACCAGGCGACGCUUCGUAUCACUGCCACGAUCCCAGAACGCCGUAUCUGGCCAUACAAGGCCGGCCAGUACAUCUUCCUUCAAGUCCCCAAGAUCUCGUACUUCCAAUGGCAUCCCUUCACCAUCUCAACCUGUAUCGGGAACCAGAUGCAGGUCCACAUCAAAAUCGACGGCGACUGGACGAGUAAACUCGCAGAACUGGGCAAAGAAGGCGAAUCCAUUCCCAUCAAGGUCGGCAUCGACGGUCCCUUCGGCGCACCCGCGCAACGCUUCUAUGACUUCGACCAAAGCAUCAUCGUCGGCGCCGGCAUCGGCGUGACGCCCUUCUCCGGGAUCCUCGCCGACCUCCAAGCACGCGACAAGGAGCUGCAUCGAAAACACGGCGGACAUUCCGUCUCAUCCGACGUCGAAGUCUCAGAAAAGCGUCAUUCCUCCGACAGCCCCGCGGCCCCACCCGUCCGCCCCCACGGCGACUACCGCCGCGUGGACUUCCACUGGAUCGUCCCCGAGCGCAACGCCCUCCUGUGGUUCUCCGACCUCCUGAACACCGUCUCCCGCUCCAUUGCCUCGCACAGCCAAGACCCGAACCCGCAUCUCGACAUCCGGAUCCAAACCCACGUGACGCAAAAACGCACGCAGAUCUCCACGCACGUCUACCGCUGGCUGCUCGAGCUGCACCGCACGGAAUCGCACCCGGAGUCGCCGCUCACGGGGCUGAUCAACCCGACGCACUUUGGGCGGCCGGAUCUGGGGCGCAUCAUGGAUGAGCAUUACGAAGACAUGGUCAAGUUGUUGACGGCGAGGAGGGAGGGCACGGAUGCGGAGGACGGGGAGAUGAAGGUUGGGGUGUUCUUUUGUGGGGCGCCGGUUAUUGGGUAUCAGCUUGCGGACAGGUGUAGGCGGCUGACGGCGAGGGCGAGGAAUGAGGGGAGGGAGAUUGAGUAUUUCUUCAUGAUGGAGGUGUUUGGUUGA